CAUAUCACCCUCUUUAACUUCUUCUCUUUAUAUUUACAACUGCACCACAUACAAAUAUAUACAUUGAUUUAUAGCUCUAUACCUCUUUUCUUUGCGUAAACUUUCUUGUUUUUCAUAUUUAAAAAACAGCCCUUUUGAAGGAAGAACUCUUGAAUUUAGAAAAAAAAGUAAAAAAGAAUGGAUUUUUACGCGUACCCAACUCGUGCUUUUGCUGCUGUUUCAAUUGUAUCAUCUUUUUGUAUGAGGGAUUUGAUUGAUAGAGCUAAAGAUUUCUUCAGAUUUGCUGUAUCUGCAAUUAUUGGCAAUGUGUUCUCUGCAAUUUUCACCUUUUUCUUUGCAUUAGUGGGCACCUUAUUAGGAGCAAUGACAGGAGCUUUGAUAGGUCAAGAAACAGAAAGUGGAUUUAUUAGAGGUGCCGCCGUUGGAGCCAUUUCUGGUGCUGUUUUCUCCCUUGAGGUCUUUGAGUCAUCUUUGUUACUAUGGCAAUCCGAUGAAUCUGGAAUCGGAUGUCUUCUUUACUUGAUUGAUGUAAUAGCGAGCUUGUUAAGUGGUAGACUAGUUCGCGAGCGGAUUGGUCCAGCAAUGCUAAGUGCAGUGCAAAGUCAGAUGGGAGCUGUUGAAACUACAUAUGAAGAGGUCCCUAACAUUUUCGAUACAGGCGGGUCAAAAGGUUUGGCUGGAGAUUUUGUUGAGAAGAUUCCAAAGAUUGUAAUUAGCAACGACAACAAUGUGGAUGAUACAGGGGAGAGAGUCUCAUGUUCAGUCUGCUUACAGGACUUCCAACUGAGGGAAACUGUUAGAUGUUUGCCGCAAUGUCAUCACAUGUUUCACUUACCGUGCAUCGAUACAUGGCUGCUGAGACACGGCUCUUGUCCAUUAUGCAGAAGGGAUCUAUAGGUGGUUGUACUCGGUAAAUAAUUAUAUAAGGUUAUUUUAAUUUCUUCAUAUUUGCUGGUAGGGUUUCCCUCUAUGUUUGUCAUCGCAUAUAUUAUUUCGAGGAAACCUAUGUAAUUAGUGGCAAAUAUGCACUUUUAAGUACUGUUAUUGUAGUUGAUUACCAUCAGUAGAAAGAAUUUUGAGCUGUUA